CAUUGAUUCAAUUAUUGUUUACAAAUAGUUUUGUCGUUAUUUUGAGUGAAAAAUUCAAUUGUAUUUCAAUUCAUAAUUAAAAUUGAUUUUCAAAAACACAAACAAAAAGCGAUUUUUGGCCACAAAUUGAUCGCAAAUUAUGAACAAAAAAGAGUCCGCGGACCUGUCGACCAUCCGGUGCCAGAAGUGCCUCCAAAUGGGUCACUGGACCUAUCAGUGCACCGGAAAACGCAAAUACGUUCACCGAUUGUCCAGAACUGCGCUCAUGAAGAAGCGGAUGAGGAAAGCAGAAGAGGACCAGAAGAUGCAACUCUUACAAAAACUGAGUGAUCAGAAGAAGUCUUCGGGCGAUUCGUCGGCCACAAGCGAUUCCGAGUCCGACAGCAGUUCCAGCGGUGAUUCCAAGUCCGGUGAGAGCCGUAAGUCGAAGGCCAGCGCCAAGUCUUCGUCCAGUGACUCGAGCGAGUCGUCCGGCUCUUCGUCCUCAUCCAGUAGUUCCGAUUCCUCGGAGUCCGACUCCGACUCUACCUCUUCCGAGUCGUCCGGACAUAACGAUCAUAAGUCGCGGCAAAAACACCGCAAAAGCCGUAAACACGAGAGGCAUAGGAGUCGAUGAGAAGAGGAGCCGAUCCUUCAAAUAGAUGUCCAUUUCUUGUGUGUGUUUUGAAUUCGUAAUCCAAAAGCAAUCCAUUAAUUAGUUUUAACCGCCAAUUGAUGUGUAAUUAAUGUGUUUUUGUUUCAUAACAUUUACCACUAAUAAACUCAUUGACCGCUUGUUUUAUUUUAUAUUCAUUUUGUUUUGAAUUCAUUCAUUUUGUAUACAUUUUACAAUACAAUACA